GGACAGCGUAGAGGCGAGUCUACAAAUGAAUGAAGCUCAGUCGCCCUAGCCCUUUGGGGGUCGCGAGGCCAGCGGUGCCGCUUCCUUCGCCUCUCGCGCGCAACCCGGCUGACUGCGCGAGGCAAAUAGACUGCAUUUUUUAACAUGGAGCAAAAUUCUGAGCAAAGAAAAGUUCCCUAUGGUUCCUUGAGUCUUCGAAAUUCUUCUGUAAGUUCACAGUCAAGAAGACAGCAAGCCACCCCAGCAAACAGUGAACACAUCAAUCCCCCAGAUCAACCAACAGCAAGUUUAACGGUUGUACAGACAGCUUCUGACCAAUCUUUACACCAGAAUAAGCCUGCUGUCUCUUGUGCAGAUGAAAGGUUCAGUUCUGCUGAAAAUAAGGGAGGAGAAACAAUGCCUGACCAUGAGGAUCCUUUUCAUGCCACUGCCGAUAAAGAAAAGGAUAUUGCAUUCCUCUUAAAGGAAUUGGAUGUUCUAAGGGCAAACAAUAAAAAGCUUCAGGAUAAGCUGUCUGAAAAGGACAAGGAGCUGAAGACAAUAAAGUUGGACUUAGAACUGCAUGAGAGAGUGACAGAAGCGAAGAUUGCAGAAAAGGCUGCAGCUUUGGUACAGGAAGUUUAUUCUGCGCAACAGGAACGUGAUGACGCCAUCAUGGCAAGACUGAAGUUGGCCAAUGAGGAAAGAGAGGAUGCAAGGAAACAAAUUAAAUCUUUGGAACAGUCUUUUGAAAUGCUAGAAAAUAUUAACCCUGAAGAAAAUGACAUGACAUUACAGGAAUUACUGAACAGAAUAAACAAUGCAGACACCGGAAUGGCAAUACGUAGGAGCGGAGCUGUAAUUGUCGACCGAAUAUACAGGAUCCAGGAGCGGAAAAAGAAAAUAACAGCUGAAGAAAUGAGCGCAGUGAUCGAAGAAAGAGAUGCUGUGUUGGCUCAAUGCAAACGGCUGGAGCAGGAGCUUCAUCAUAUGAAAGAGCAGAACCAGACUUCUGCAAACAACAUGAGACAUCUGACUGCUGAAAACAAUCAAGAACGUGCUCUGAAGGAAAAAUUGCUGGCUAUGCAACAAGAAAGAGAAGUUGUUGUUCAGCAGUACAAAAGCCUUGAAGAAGAGCUCCAGACCCUUCGUAUUUAUUACAGCUUACACCAAUCUUUGUCUCAAGAAGCGAGCCUUAAGGAUCAGUUCAACUCUGCUCUUCUGACUUACGAAAAGGUUCUGAAGAACAGAGAGGAUAUUGUAUCCAUGCUUCUUCUCCAGAAUGAGGAGCUAGCAACCCAGCUUCAGCAAACAGUAGAAGAGAGAACAAACAUGGAAUUAAAGUUUCAGCAAGCUUUAGAGGCUUCACAACAAGCCAACGAAAAACUUCAAACGUUGCAAAGGCUGGUGGACGUCCUGAGGAAGAAGAUUGGAGCGGGGACCAUUAGGACGGUGAUCUGAUAGAAAACUCCAGUCUAGAGAAAGCAUUCACAUCUGGUGACCAGCCUGCUUCAUUCAGCACUGUGUAAACAUGAAAGCCUUAACUUAGCAAACAGUUGUUAGAAGUGGGACACUCCAACGACAUUCCAAGCCAAGAUAAAAUCAAAUCAUAAAUGUUUAACUACUUGGCUGCUGAGUUCUGUGAUUUGUCCAGAGCUAUCCUGAUGAACAUUAUUUACUUUUGUAGCAGAUCUAUUUUGGUAGAGCUAGUCUUUGGGAAAGCCUACGUUUAUAUGUAUAUGGAUAUACACAUAGAUUUGUAGAUAAUUUUAUGGACAGUUGUUAAUUUAUGUCCUUACUAAACAAAAUGUAGUUUCAUCUUGCUUUUCCUGCAUAAUUGACAGUGCAAAAAGUUUUAGAACAUUCAUAGAAUCAUAGAAUCAUAGAGUUGGAAGGGACCUCAUGGGCCAUCCAGUCCACCCCCCUGCCAAGAAGCAGGAAACUUGCAUUAAAAGCACCCCCAACAGAUGGCCAUCCAGCCUCUGUUUAAAAACUUCCAACUAUAAAUACAGUGGGUUAAAUAGAAAUAUUUAAAAUACCUAACGAUCCUGGAUAUCUACCCAACAAAAUGAUAGAUACUGGCAAAGGGGACCCAGAAUCAAGAAUUUCCUUUGGAUAAUAUCAAAUGCUAUGUUUUAUCUUUAGGCACACUUCCUUCAGUGCUAUAAUGGUUAAUGAGAACUUCCUAUGCGCAGACAUGCAUAUAUAUCUGAAAGGAGAGAUAUAUGUGGUUAAUAGUUUAUUAAUUUUAGAUGCUUUUUUGUAGGAAAAACUGAAGUCAUCUUAUCAUAAUUAAAAUAUAGAAGAGUUAGAAACAAUGCAAACUAUUUACUAAAAGUACAAAUUGCUCACAGAUCAAAAUUAUGAGGAACAUUCAACUGGUAUACAGGGAGUCUCCCAGUUACAAACAUCUGACUUACAAACAUCCGACUUACAUCCGACUCAUUGUUAAGAACGGCGAUGAGACAAAUCUACCCUCAGAAGGAAAAAUCACUCCUGAGAGAGUUAUCAUGGGAAAAAAGUGGCUCAAUUGAAGCUUUAUCACCAAUCCUUGUUUCCACAACAAGCCAUUUUUUUUUCAAAUCCAAUUUUUACAGGAACAGAAAAUGAACUCUUUUGAGUAGAGGCACUGACAGCAAAACAAACACCACAGGGGUGUUAACCCCUGACCAUGCUAUCCAUAGAUAGAUAGAUAGAUAGAUAGAUAGAUAGAUAGAUAGAUAGAUAGAUAGAUAGAUAGAUAGAUAGAGUUACACUUACAAAAUGUUUAUCUUCCAACUUACAAACAAAUUCAACUUAAAAACAGACUUACAGAACCUAUCUUGUUCAUAAUUUGGGGACUGCCUGUAAUUCUGGUUUUUUAAAAUUGGUGAGUCACAUCUCAUGAAAUGCCUGGAUGUUGAGAAAUGUCUUAAUUUGUUGUUGAUAAGAUGAUAAUGUAGCAGCUCAAUGGGCCUUGCUGAGGAAACAUAUUCUAUAGACAGGUGUCACACCAAAAAAGCUCUCUUCCUUGUCAGCACCAUCAAGUCUUCUCUUGAAGGAAGUACUCAAGGGGUUUAGACAUUGACCUUCGGUUCAUAGCAGAAGAGAUAUUCCAUCAUGUACUUUGAUCCUGUGUCAUACAGAUUUCCAUGGGUUAAAAGCAGAACUCUGAACUGGACUCAGAUAUCUAAUAUAGUAGCAGGCAGUGCAACUAUGCUCAAAUAUGUCUUCAGCCUGUCUCAACUUCAUAGACAAUCUGACUGCUCUUUUGAUUUCUCAAGACUUAUUCAAAGGCAGCUUCACAUACAUAGCACUGCAAUAUUCUAACCUGGAAUUACCCAAGUAGAGAUCACCAGGAUAGCUAGGCUACUGCUUUCAAGAUGAGGACAUCUACUGAAGCCACCUAGGUUUUGGACAGACAGACAAACAGUGUAAAUAGAAAGAAAGGAGAGGGUGUAUGAGUGAUUUUUCCAGAAACAUAUCAUUAGACAAGACAUAAUUAUAGAUCUACAUAGCACAUUUCCAAUUACAAUAAAAAUUAUACAGUCAGCCCUUCAAACUAUAGAUUUGAUUAUUUAUGUAUUUGUUUAUUCAUAGAUCUGAUUAAAAUGUUAUCUUGGGGAAUCUCUAGGUCUUCCAGAGGGACACCAUGGUUAGCUUGCACUAGAAGCUGACCACAGAAACAUGCUAGAGAACCAGAGAUUACUAGAAAAGUGUUGUCUCCAGUAAAAAAAAAUCAAUUUCACUUUUAUGGGGGCCUUGUGCCCCUAACCCCAGUGAAUGUGGAGGGCUGACUGAAGCUCAAACCCUGGUUAUGGGAUCAGACGUUCAUAGAAUAGAUGGUUUUAAUUAAAUUUUUUAGCUGACAACAGAUUGAUUUGGAAGACAACAUGAAAUGGCAAACUGUUUUAAAGUAUCUAUAAUUGUUUUUAAUGUAGGUUAAUUUCAUAUUAUGUUUGUUUUAUUGUUUGGCACCAAGUGGUGCCUGUUGGUAGACGUCCUGAAUCUCUCUUUGGAGGUGAGAAGGAUGGGAUAGGAAUGCUCCUAAUUAUUAUUAUUAUUAUUAUUAUUAUUAUUAUUAUUAAUUGAUAAGAAUGUGAGGAGUUUGGUGAUACUGUCUCAAGAUGUACAAAAGCAUCAGUAGAUCUAUGUAUUCAAUUAAUUCCAUGUAAGACAACCUUAUGAAUCCUUUGAGUAAAGGCAAAGGAACAGCCAUAUGAUUAGCCUCUGUUAGAUUGUAUCAGUGUUAAUUUCCUGUCACUUAGAAUUUAGCUCCUUUUGAUUGUAACAUUACGGACUUUUUUGAUGAUGCAUCUGAAAUGGAAAAGUGAAGAAUAAUAUAAGGAGGAAAUAAAUUUCAUAUGAUAUCUUU